GGGGCCGCCCGCCCGUCGCCGCGGGGGUCGGUGCGGCGGAGGCCGAUCUCGGGCCCCGCGCUGCCCCGAGAGCUCCAUGGUGCGGGAGGGGGGCAUGGCGCGCCCGCCCUACAGCUCCGCUCAGGACAUCCAGAUGGACGUCUUCGACAACGCAGCCCUCCAGGGCAAGUACAGCAAGCGCAAGAGCCGCUUCAAGCGCUCGGAUGGCAGCACCUCGUCUGACACCACCUCCAACAGCUUCGUCCGGCAGGGCUCAGCUGAGUCCUACACCAGCCGCCCCUCGGACUCGGAUGUGUCACUGGAGGAGGACCGCGAGGCGCUGCGCAAAGAGGCUGAGCGCCAGGCACUGGCACAGCUGGAGAAAGCCAAGACGAAGCCAGUUGCAUUUGCUGUCCGGACGAAUGUCGGCUACAACCCGUCUGCUAAUGAUGAUGUGCCCGUGCAGGGCAUGGCCAUCUGCUUUGAGCCCAAAGACUUCUUGCACAUCAAGGAGAAGUACAACAACGACUGGUGGAUCGGGCGGCUGGUGAAGGAGGGCUGCGAGGUCGGCUUCAUCCCCAGCCCUGUCAAACUGGAGAACAUGCGGCUGCUGCAGGAGCAGAAGAUGAGGCAGAACCGACUGAGCUCCAGCAAAUCGGGUGACAACUCCAGCUCCAGCCUUGGCGACGUGGUGACGGGGACGCGCAGGCCCACCCCUCCGGCCAGUGCGAAGCAGAAGCAGAAAUCGGCUGAGCACGUGCCGCCCUACGAUGUGGUUCCCUCCAUGCGGCCCAUCAUCCUGGUGGGGCCGUCGUUGAAGGGCUACGAGGUGACAGAUAUGAUGCAGAAAGCACUGUUUGAUUUCUUGAAGCAUCGCUUUGAUGGCAGGAUCUCCAUCACGCGGGUGACGGCCGACAUCUCCCUCGCCAAGCGCUCUGUGCUGAACAACCCCAGCAAACACACCAUCAUCGAGCGCUCCAGCACACGCUCCAGCCUGGCUGAGGUGCAGAGUGAGACGGAGCGCAUCUUCGAGCUGGCCCGGACCCUGCAGCUGGUGGCCUUGGACGCCGACACCAUCAACCACCCGGCCCAGCUGGCCAAGACCUCCCUGGCACCCAUCAUCGUCUACAUCAAAAUCGCCUCCCCAAAGGUGCUGCAGCGGUUGGUGAAGUCCCGGGGCAAAUCCCAGGCCAAGCACCUCAACGUGCAGAUGGUGGCCUCCGACAAGCUGGCGCAGUGCCCGCCUGAGAUGUUUGACAUCGUGCUGGACGAGAACCAGCUGGAGGAGGCCUGCGAGCACCUGGCCGAGUACCUGGAGGCCUACUGGAAGGCAACGCACCCCCCCAGCAGCAACCCCCCCAACCCGCUGCUCAACCGCACCAUGGCCACAGCCGCGCUGGCCGCCAGCCCUGCGCCCGUCUCCAACCUGCAGGGUCCGUACCUGGUGCACGGGGAGCCGCCGGGCGAGGGGAACCUCCGGGAGGGGGGGCCCAUCCCCCGCCUGCCCGCGCGGCCCCCCCCCCGCCGCCUGUCCCGCCAGGACACCUUCGACUCGGAGACCCCCGGCAGCCGGGAUUCAGCCUGCACAGAGCCCGGCAACUCCUGCAUGGACGUCGAGACCGAUCCUGGUGAGGAGGACCCCCGGGCCCCCCCCGGUCCCCGUGGUGCGUGGGACGAGGAGCGGGGCCGGGGACCACGGGGACGUGCCAAAGGCCACGACCGCUACUGCCCGGAGCCGCCGGAGCCUUUGGGUCUGGACCAGAGUGACACAGAGGGCUGGGGCCAGGAGGUUUACAUCCGCUAGGGUGGGGGGGUGUAGGCAGGGAUGACCCCCCACCCCACCCCCCCAGCCCCAGUGCUGGCUUUGGGGCCAGGGGUUGCACCCCGCUGGGUGCCUUCGCAGGCCAUGUGCCCAAAGCCUGUUCAGCUGUGCCAUGGGGUGUCCCCCGCCCCACUCUUGGUAUUGAGGGGGGAAUCUCCCUCCCACCGCAGCCCCCCCAGCAUCCUGAGGUGCCUCGGGCCUUUCCCGUCCCACAGGGAGAGCAAGUGACCAAAGGGGACAUGCCUGUGGCUGGUGUGUCCCCGUCCCCUAUGGCACAGGGUGGGGGGCUGCGCUCUCCUUCCUCCCCAGCCCUUGCCUGCUGCCUGCCUGCAGCCCCCUCCCCAGGGUGCACCCGCUUCUCCAUGGUGCUCUUUGUCACCCUGCUGCAGGGGGACCCCUGAGCUGGCGGUGGGGGGGGGGUUCUCUGCCAGCUGUCCCCUCCCCAGCCAGUGCCUGCCCUGCAGCUGUGGGAGGGGUGCAUGUGUGUGCCGUGUGUGCAGGGUUUUGGGGUCCCCACUGGGUGCUGCCUGCCUGGGGAGGGGGGGCAUGGUUUUUGCAUGUGUUUGCAUUGGAGUGGGGGAGGGUUUUGCCUGUUUUUGGUGUUAGGGGGCAAAUCUGAGCCAAUCUGGGGAGGGGGGGUGGUGUCUAACACGUGCUAACAGCUGCCCCAGCCCUGGCCUGCCACAGUGCCCAGCAGGUCCCGGGGGGGGUCCUGUACUAUCCCCCCCCCCCUUUCCCUGGGACCAUGGGGUGCACCGAGCAGCACCAGGCCCUGCCCCCCCAACCCUGCCAACCCCCUCUGUGCCACCCCCUCUCCGUGCCUGUCUGCUCUUUCCCCAUCCAGCUGUGUCCGUCUGUCUGUGCGCCUGUCUGUCUGUCCCCCACCCCAGCUCUCCCAGGGCACUGCCUUCACCUGUGCCCGCUCUGGGGUGUCCUUAUCCCUGUGCCCCCACGGGGGUCACAGCACUGGGGUGGGAACACCCCAUGGCCAACCCUCGCAGUGGGGCUGGGCUCACCUCUCGCCCCCCAACCUUAGGGCGAUGCUGGGGGGGCCCUGGGGUCGCUGCCUUACCCACACCACCAGCCUUGCCAGCCCGGGCCGGGGGGGCUCCGGGGCGCUCAGCUCUGCCGCUGCCAAACCGCCUCCGCCCGUUGUGUGCCUCAGUUUCCCCUUUUUUGCGGGGGGGGGACUCGGUGUCACUGCCUGCCAAGUGCUUUGAGACCCACCUGCACCGGUGCUUGCCCCACCGGGGCCGGGCAGCUGGGCCUCCCCCCCCGCCCCCCCAAGCCCUCCUGAAGGGCAGAGGGACGUCCCGUAUUUAUGUCACACCCCCCCCCCCCCAAAGUUUAUUUAAAGACCCCGACAAAGUGUAUUUUAUUUAUUUAUUCUCCUUGGUGUGUGGGGGGACUCGCCCCGCUCGCUUGGUUCUUUGUAAUAAACAUUUCGGUGAGAUCUC